GUAAGCUCCACUGAAACUGUAGCCUGCAGCCUGUCUACAUAAACAUGGAAAGAUGAAGGCUUGAAACCGGACUUUCGCACAAUAUGUGAACCACUUGGUGCCAACGUGUAAUUAGUAGUGGCAGCUGAACAGUUGGCUCCGGGAUCAGAGCUGUGCGCGCUCUGCUGUGGCUGCUGCGUGCUUCUGGAGUUGCGCUCAGGACUUCACGGAACGUUAAGGUUGCCUGGAUAUGGAUGUAUGCUGACCAUGUUGCAAUUAGAACUUCUUUACUUUUAUUUAUUCACCAUAAAUGAUGCCAGGCGGGAACUGCUUUCAUUCGUGUCCAAGUGUCGGACUCUACCCACUGCACAGCAGCCAACUUCAGGAGACUGGGCGUGCGGAGGAUGCAGAGCAGACACACUGACCAACUGAGGACAAGGGAUUGAAAACGUUUUCAGUUUUGGCUGUUUUUGGCGAAUAUUUUAUGGGAGUUCAUUGAGAAUCAUGAAGAUGUAUCACAACAGAAGUUUCACCCUGGGUUCAAGCAUUUUACCAGGCAUCUGAGCGUUUUUCUCUCCCAGAAAUGCUUCAAAGAGUGAAGCAAAGCUGGGCGCAAGUAUACUUUAGUUGUUGAAUGUUCCAGACAACAACAAGUAGAUAAGACAGUGGUGAGGCUUUCAAAUUGUUUUUCACCCUCUAACAUUUGCAAAUGACUGAAUGAAGCAUGGUAUUCUUUUUUACCAGAAAAUAUGUUUUUUCAUAAUUUUAAACUAACGAUGCUGCAAGUAGGAUUUUCUCUUUGAAUUAAGCCAUUUCGGCUUCUAUCCAGUUUUUUUUUAGGGGGGAUUCUUGUUUUCCUCACGACUGAAAGAAACAUGUUGCAUAUCCUUGCGCUUCAGUCGGCGGUGUUACUUUUUGGAGUAGCCGACUGUCGAGUCUUGGAGGGAUCGCCGAGAUAUUCCUCCAUCCCCACAUACCUGCCUGUCAACUACCAGGUGCUCAAUGCUGACUUGGCAUUCUUCCUGAAGGAAGCCAACCAGGACUUAAUGAGGAACUCUAGCCUGAUGUCACGCACUGAGCCCUUCUUCAUCUACCAGGCCAGAAGUUUGCCCUCAGUGAACGCUAGCUAUGGGCCCCUCUCUUUGGAGCAGCCUGUCCCUUUAGAGCUCCUACAGGCCCCAGGGACAUUUCCUGCCUCUUCCCUUUUUACUGUCAACUGGAAGGUGCAGACCUUUAUCAUGAAUACCAGGAUUCACUUGGCCAAGCCCAAAGUCCAGGUCCUGUUUUAUAUCGCAGGCAGGGACUGGGACGACUACAGUGCCAUAGAUAAACUGCCCUGCGUGCACAUGUUUGCUUUCCAUGAGACCCAGGAGGUGCGUGGCACUUGCCAACUGAAGGGGGAGCUGGGGCUGUGUGUGGCUGAGCUGGAGCCGUUGGCCAGCUGGUUCAGCCCACCCAGUGUAGUGCCGGGGCGACAGAGGAACCUUGAGGUGUCCGAGGGCACACCAGUGGAGCUUUACUACAUGCUGCAGUCCACAGAAGGAGGGGAGUGCCACUCAGAGGAGGCCAGGAAGGACAGCUUCAUUCGCUCAAGCCAGGAGGGACUGUUUGGUUCCUAUACCUCCACACCACUGAGAAGGAUCGGUGGUGUGAGGCUCUACCAGAACCCCACUCCACCACUGCUUGCUGAACACAGGCUGGAUAAUAACUUUAUGGUCAUGGUGCCAGCCACACCCAUGAGACAGAGGGAAACCAUCUCUGCUUUUAUCACUGUGUCAGCCUACUCUCCCGUGGAGAUGUUUACUCUCAGGGUGAAGUUGAAGGAAGGAGUGACGUUUCUUGGGGCUCGUCCCAGCAACCCCACUCAAUGGAUAGUUAGCCAGGAUGUGAGGAGUGAAGGCCACCGAGUGGUGACUCUCCACUGCCGCAGGAAGGAGUCCAGCUACGAUCAGCAAAGGUCUGAGAUGGGAGUUCAGAGGGUGCUCCAGGUGGAUCUGAAAAUGGAAAGCUUUCCAGAGCCACUGGGCAGCCGCUGGAUGGCCUGGCAGGUGGAGUACCCAGCUAGUCGUGCCGCCACACAAGAGGCUGAAACGGAGAUCCCACUGGCGCAGGAAGACCUGGCGGGCAUCGUGCCUCUGGCCAUGGACUCUGAGAUUUUAAACACUGCUGUGCUAACUGGGAAGACUGUGGCUGUCCCAGUAAAGGUGGUGACCAUUGGAAUAGACGCCUCUGUCACUGAUGUCUCUGAAGCAGUCAAGUGUUGUUCUACAGACGAAGACGUGGUCAAGGUGUCAGACAGGUGUGACUACGUUUUCGUGAAUGGCAAAGAGAUGAAAGGCAAGGUGAAGAUGAUGGUGAACUUCACCUACGGAUACCUGAGCGCUCAGCUGGAGCUCAAUGUGUGGAUUCCUCGACUCCCCCUCCAGAUUGAGGUAUCAGACACGGAUCUGAGCCAGAUCAGAGGGUGGAGGGUACCCAUUAUGGCCACCAGUCAGAGGCCUACACGGGACAGCGAGGAUGAGGAUGAUGAAGACAGACGAGGACGAAGCUGCACUCUGCAGUACCAGCAUGCCAUGAUCAGAGUCCUGACCCAUUUUGUAGCUGAGUCAGCUGAUCCUCGAGGCCAGACAAACUUUAUGCUGGGCACUGAUUGGCAGGUGGACAUUACGGAGAUGGUUUGGGACUUUCUGAAGGUAGAGGAUCCCCACAUUGCACGGCUACUGGACAGGAGGAUACUGGUGGGACUCGACAUGGGGGUGACCACUAUUCAGGUGUUGUCUCCUUUGUCAGACUCAAUCCUGGCAGAGAAGACUAUCACAGUGGUAGAUGACAAAGUGACCAUCACAGAGUUGGGGGUCCAGCUGGUGACCGGCCUCUCCAUGAGCCUGCAGCUCAGUCCAGGAAGCAACAGAGCCAUCCUGGCUACCACAACCACACAGGAGGUUCUGCAGAGUGCCAAACAGGAGGCCUUGAUCAGCGCCUGGCUACAAUUCAGCGACGGCUCUGUGGCUCCUCUAGACCUGUACAAUGCUGACUUUUUUGUCCUGACAGCCACCUCCCUAGAUGAGGAAGUAGUGACAGUGCGGCAGAACCCCUCUUGGAAAUGGCCUGUCAUUGUGACGGAGGCGGAGGGCCAAGGCCUGCUAGUCAGGGUGGAAAUGACUGUUUGCGAGGUCUGCCAGAAGUUCAAGCGCCGCAGUGUCCUGGCUGCGGGGAACUGUAACGUCAGGGUGAAGUUUGGUCAUACUGACAGCACAAGGGGAGGGAGCAGUGACUACAGCCCUGAUGGAGACGAGAUGGAGAACAGAGGUAGGCUCUCACCCUCCCAGGACAGGACCGGCCUUGACACCCACUAUUAUGGCAGCUCCAUCUCUGACAUGGAGGAUGGGGUGUUGAGGAGAGCCACCACUACUAGAAGCGCAAUAAUGCGCAGACCCAAUGGGGAUAAACUUUCAGAUGAUAGUAGCCAGAACAUGCCAAUUGACUUUGCUGACUUUCCUGCACAAGUGGACCUGCCCCGUGGUCGCAAUAUGGAAGAUGAUCUCAUUCAGACAGCUCGUGGGCUCACAGACCUGGAGAUCGGCAUGUACGCCCUGCUGGGGGUCUUCUGCCUUGCCAUCCUGGUCUUUCUCAUCAACUGCAUCUCCUAUACCCUGAAAUACCGCCACAAGGAACUCUCGAUUGAGGGCCAGGAGAACAUGAACCAUGCCCACGACUGGGUGUGGCUGGGGAACGAGGCAGAGCUGCUGGAGAGCCAAAUCAGCCUGUCACCCCAGCAGGAGGAACAGACCUCCAUGAUGGACUCGAGCAGCGGCCUAGAGGAAGGCAGCCACUUGCUGAACGGAGGCUCGGCCCAGAAAAACGUACAGGGCCAAGUGCACCGGGCGGCAGACACAGGUUGCAUACCCAAGGACAGCAAAGGAGACUCACCCACCACCAAGAGGAAGCGAGUCAAGUUCACCACGUUCACCACCAUCCCCUCAGACAAUAGCUACCCCACUGUUAACACACUGACUGGAAGCCACUGCCAGGACAUUAAGUGGGUGUGCCAAGACAUGGAGCUGGGAGACUCCAAGGAGUUGCGCAAUUACAUGGAAAGAUUAAAUGACAGUGCUUUAAAAGACGUGGCAUAAUGUACUUUGUGCACUUGUAACAAACUCACCCUUUUGCCUUUCAGAGGAAAGUGGUUCUGAAUAGAAACCAGACCCCUAGUAGGUGAAGGAAGAGGGAAUUUACUUCAGAAUCAACCCAAACUGCCAAAGGGUCAUCACAUAUAAGAGGAUUGUUUUGAUUCCACAAGUGACUGAAUUACUAAUGAAAACUUUGUAGACGAAUGACAACAUCAGGUGGUUCUUGUUUUCAUUUGUUUAACAGAUGAUUACCUUUUUAUCAUCAUUUUAUUACUACAGGGUUUAGAUAGAAUAAAGUAAGGACUGAUCUGCAGAAGCUAUGACCUGUGAUACUGAGACGACAUGUAGAUUUUAAAACGAACUGUAACAUGACUAGAUAGAUGUUUCGAAUGUGUGUGCACAUUAAAUGGUUUUGGAAGUUUUGUAACAUUUUGGAUAUUCAUUUCCUACGCCAAAAUCUUAUUCUAUGGAAGAGUUCUGGAAAGGCCAAAGCAACCGAAGAGAAAUUUCUGCAUGUCGUUGGGGAAAAAAAGGCACAACUUUCCAGCUCAUUCUCAUCCUUGUUAACAUGGCAGAAGACCUGUUAUGUAUAUACCGAACUGUCUCCAAAGCAUUGUAUUGUUGCUCUGUAUAUUGUAUUUUCAUAACAUUUAAGAAAUACACGACAAUGUCAAGAGCGUGUAUUCGUUUUUAUUGACUGCAGCAGCAACCAAUUACACAUUCAUCUUUGUAUCAAGAGUAUUUUAUGAGAUGCAAUUUACCCACGGGCCAAAACACAAUCUGCUUCCCUUUAAUGCUGGCCGACGGAGGGAGGCAGUGGCC